AUGUCUCCCUUUUCCUCCCUCGUCUCUCGCCGUGGUGGUGGUGGCCGUGGCGGCCGUGGUGGCUCUGGAUCGUUCGGAGGUCGGGAGCGGAGUCCCCAUACCGGCGAAGGUAUCCUGAACUUUGGUCCCGGGGAAUGGAGCAGCUGGCCCUUCCCCUACACUGACCAGGAUGGGAACCCUCGUCUUCCUCGUACGCACGCGGAGGGUAUCCAGUCCCUCAUCCAAUACGCUGAACGACCAGGCGGUAACCAGGGUCAGCUUCAACUCCCAGUUGGCGGCGAUGAGCUUGCCCGGAUGUGCACAACUCCGGUGCAGCUCGCGAUCCUUCGGGGUCGUGGACGCCCUAUCUGGCAUGUACGAGGCAACAUUAAUGGGCAGCAAAUUGUCUCCCAGCGACCCUCGUAUAUUAAUGCCCUGCUGAUCCAGUCCCGUGGCAAUCAACUCGUUCAGCCUUGCGAGGCGUGUGUGGACCGGUGCAAACCUUUUCCGCAGUGUAUCCGACUCCCGGGUCAGUUUGGCGGCUGUUGUGGCAAUUAUAAGUGGCGUGAUCACGCAUCUCGGUGCUCUGUACGAGAUAGACAGCCCCGCAAUGCUACACGGCCAUGGCCACGGCACCCACCUCGUCCCUUACCCACAACGGAUAUUAUUGACCUAACGGACGACCGGAGUGUCGUCCGGUCGGCCCAAGGGCUAUCCCGUCGGGCCUAUCAACGUCCUCGUGCGGAUAGCGAGGUCCAAGAGAUCACUAUAGUGGAUUUGACUGAAGAGGAGGAUAACCGGCGUCGGACCGAGCCUUCUCAACUUGCUUGGUACGAAGAGGCCUAG